AUGUCUUCCAGUGGCUAUAGCCACUCACCUUUUGCCAACGGCGCCCGACCUUCCCACAAUCAUAGCUCCUCUGAUGCAAGACCGGCUAGGUCGACCAGAUACGACCUUGACACAAUAUUCCGGAAUUUCACCCGAUUCUUCACUGAUAGAUAUGGACAUGGCUGUGAUCAGGAGGGCCGGACUCUGCAAGAACGACUGACGGAACUGCAAUACUCCAUCCAGGCUGGUCGGAUCGAUCCAGGAAUCCUCGAAGAAGGAAGUAGACCCGACUUUUACAGUGGAUCUCGAGGGGCUUCAUCUGGAACAGAUAACACUCCUGCUUCCCUACGUGCGCAACAUAGGAGACAUACCUUUGAGGGGUUCCUUGAUACCGAGGGUCCUGACGAGCGACACCAAGCCCCUUCUCCUACCUAUCAUGAGUACUCCGAUGAUGAAAUUUACUCUGAUGACGAUUAUGAGGACUUUGAUGAUGAUGACUAUGAUCACGUUAGUGGAGAGGAGCCGAGACCUCAAAUCAUCCGACGCCAUGUGAUCAACCCCUCCGGAGGGCCGGUCAGAAGUGCAACUUGGUCUUUCAGCAUCGGUCCCGAAAGCUCAGCAAGACAAGGUUUGGAUGGUUCAAUACAUAUCACUUCUUCCAUGACUUCGAACGGGCAGUCUUCCUCAGGUCACUCACAUCAGCACCAUUUCAGCCUGCCACCUGGACUUACAGGUGGCUACGGCGAGUCACGACCCUAUUUGGGAAGAGGUUACAGGCUUACGGGCAAAAACCCCAGAUAUCAUGGUGGUGGAUCCGGACGUUAUCCUCCUUAUUGA